ACAGAGAAAGCAGUAGGUAUACGGACACAUCUAGCCAACACACCGCAAUACGCAAGCAGGCAACAACCGCAGCCCCAAGCAAACCGAAGAUGGGGAAGGAGUUCGGGAGCAUGGAGGAGUUCUGGGGGUUCUACCUGGGCCAGCACUCGAAGCCGGCGACGCGGCGCUGGCACUUCGCCGGCACGCUCGCCUCGCUGGUGUGCGCGCUGCUGGCGGCCGCCACCGGCCGCGCCGCGCUCCUGGUGGCCUGCCCUGUGCUCGGCUACGGCAUGGCCUGGUACAGCCACUUCUUCGUGGAGGGCAACCGGCCGGCCACCUUCGGUCACCCCGUCUGGUCCUUCCUCUGCGACUACCGCAUGUUCGCCCUCAUCCUCACCGGCCGCAUCGACGCCGAGCUCGCCCGCCUCCGCGUCCACCCGCGCCUCGCCUCCGACUGACCGAUCCGGCCGCCUCUUCGCCGUCCGUGCCGUGCCGUGCCAGCAUCAAUCAACCAAUAAAGAUUCCGCGCACUUGCAGGUGUGUCGGAGCAUUUGUCUACUGAGGUUCCUGGUGUAUGUGUACUUACUUGCUGCGACCAAAAUAUAAGAACGUUUUUAACACUACACUAGUGUCAAAAACGUUGUGGGACAGAGGUAGUAGUAGUUCUACCAUGUGUCUUUGCCUCUCGUGAAUUAUGAUUGCUCUACUCUAA